UGCCAAGUAAUGUACUAUAAAAUUUCCGAGAAAAAUGCCAUAAAAUGACAGUACUAAAAACCCCCAAUUAUCCUCAUUUGUACAUCUUUGACCCGGCUUUUGAUCAGCGCCCUUGAUAGUAAUGAGUCAGUGGUAAACAUGAUUAAUAGGAAAAAUACAAAAUGGCGGACAACAUGAGUGCAAAUCAUACUUCAAAUUCAACAUUCGACAUUUAUCUUCGAAAACUUGUGAUUUACGUGGGUAAAAACCCGGUGGAAUUUGUAACGUAUGUAUUUUUAAUUCUCUCACCAUUCAUGUUGCUCUGUGGUUACCUCUCGUGGAGACUUAUUCAGAUGAUGGAGCAGGAAAAGCGAGAAAAUAAACGAAAAGGUAUAAAAAGUGCCAACAUUGCUAAAACCAGGAGGAAGAAGAAAGCAAAACCUGAAUGAAGACAUUUUAGAAAUUUUUUAAUUGGCUGAAAGUUGUACUGAGACUGAAAGUGUAUUCAUUGAACAAUAAUCUGUUGUGAGAUAAUUUAGUAAACUUUAUUUAAUCCUAAGAAAAUAGUAUAAAAAUUGUAGUACUUACAUCCUCCUAAGCUUCCUCCACCCAAAUGAAAACUGUAUUCCAAAAGUAUAAUGAGGGGUUUUGUUUAAAAUACCUGGCAAGUCAGUCACAUGUAGCUGGUGGCAUUGUAGGAUAUUAUUUUCAGUGAUAACAAAAUCAAACUGGAUGUGUUCAUCCAAUUCACUUCUGAUGGAUGUUUUACAGUCUGUUGUCUUUUAAUGUAUAUCAGCAGCGAAUCCACUGAAGCCAAAGUACGAUGGCUUCACCACUAGCCGACUAUAUUUCAUACGUCAAAAGUGAACAGACCUUAACAAUUCAAAUUGAGGCUGACUAUGUAAUCAGUUAAAUAGGUAGUUUUUAUUG